AGGUAUAAUUCCUGUUAGAAACUUCAAAUUUCACGUCUAUAAGUAUCAGAUCAUAAGAUCUCGAUAUUGAUUCGCCCUUUUUCUGUCGGAAAAAAGUUGUGUAUUGGGAACAAUAUUAAAUUUUAGCUCAUGGUUUUUUGUCUGUCUCUGCACACAAUACCUUGAUCUAAAAUCUACUUUUUUCACUUGAAUAAUAAGUAACUAUUUUAAUAUGAUAAAGCUUUUCUGAUUGUUUAUUCAUAAAUGUAUCAGAACUUGCAAAAUUUAAUUACUUGGCUUAUAGCUUAUAAGAUGUCAGUACAAUGGAGAUUGCUUGUAUUUGUAGUGUGGUUGUAACUAAUAUUAAAUGACAAAAUAUGAUCAUACAUUUUAUUGAGGAGGAUAACAAUUUCAUGAAAAAUAUUUAAGACAUGUUUUGCCAUAAAUACAGAUGAAUAUUCAAUUGGCUGUUUGUUUUGGUGCUCUCACACUGAACAAUGAAUUUACAGUUUCUUGUUGAUAGCGAUUUGCCCUGCUUUUUUUGAAGGUGUGUGGCUUCUUGUGUUUAGGCCUGUGGCUCAGUUUAUUCAAUUGUUUUUCAAUGAGGUCAGUUGUUGAAAUGCCUUUGGGAAUAUGGACAUAACGAAUGUUCCUCUUACAUACAAAAAACUGGGAAAAUCCAUGUUUGGUUCCUAUAAGAAAAAAAUUAAUUGGGUUCAAUCUAUCAACUGAAACUCAAUACCUCUUGAGUCAUAAAAUACAACAUCUUCCAUUUCUAUAUUCAUCCAGCCAUCAACUCUGGCUAUCUUUCCAGAAACAGUGUUCUCAUUCCUCAAGUCUAUAAGGGUAUAUGAACCUUCUAAAGCUUUUACAAUAAUUGCUAAUGUAUUGUAGUACAAAAAUUUUUCUUUGCCGGAUGUGAUAAACUUAGAAUCCCCCUGUUCCACUGAUUCCAUUCUAGACAUAUUCUAGAGAAUUAAGAAAUAAGAAUACAUCUACAUCAGUUCAUAUAGUUCAUUCUAUCCUUGAUCCUUGUAAAAAUUUUAAAUAAUGAAAAAUGACAAAAUAGGUUAUUUUCUUCAAUUCUACUGUUUCACUUCUCCCACCUUCACACAGCUACCUUCACCAUUCAUAGAUACUAAUUAUAUCUUGUAACUACCGUACCUACCCAGUUUUCUAAUAAUCUUCUUUCUUUAGCCUCUGAAUUGACUGACGUCUGACGUCAAUGCAUUGUCAACUUGACAGUUUCUUCUGUUUAUUGUUUAUUUAGACAUGAUAAUAUAUUUAAUUAAUUGAAUAUUGUAGUUCUUGUAUAGAAAAUAAUGAAAUUAUCGAAUCAGUGAAUAUGCCUAGAAGCCAGUGAAAACUUCAAUGGGGAAAUGUUGAGUUGGUCAGCCGGUAGCGUUCAAAUACAAUGUUUGUUUAAUUAAUUUAGUAUUUUCCAUAAUAAAACAUAGUAACAAAGUGGUGUAGUGGUGUAUAGUGGUUCAGUAAAUUGCACUUCGAAUGUAGAAGCACCCGCCUUUUAUACUCAGUACGCUCAGUAUUUUGAUUUACUAUUUGAAGGAAGAAGGAAUCAAUAAAUUUGCCUUUCUACCUUUGGGCAUGUGCGGUGGCAGAGUUAGCAUCCCCGAUUCUGCUACACCCCUAAAUGUGGGUAGAUCAAUGAAUUCCCCAAUCAAUAUAAUAAAUUUUGCAGUCAAAUUAAGUAUAUAGUCAGGCAAAACUGUAUAAAAAGUGAAGUACAUAAGUUCUGAGAUGGAAAUGAAUCUGUUGAGGGAAGUCAAUUUGAUGUGAUAAGAAAUUGUGAUUGGUGAAAUGGGUCUAAUAAUUCAUUAUAAUUCAAUAGAGAUUUAAAAAUGCAAACUUUACGUAAGAAAACAAGUCCCCUAAAAUAUAAAAAUGAGACCACCAGAUUCUUGGGAGAUGGGGUAAGCUUCAAGGCAAAGCUGAUAGGAAUUCUGGAAGUGUCAGAGGCCAGAGGGGACAGGAUGUGCCAAGAAGCCUUAUCAGAUCUAAAAAUGGCAAUCAGAGCAGCAGGAGAACAUAAACAGAGAAUAACCAUUAAUAUUGCCAUAGAUGGAUUAAGAUUGAGAGAUGAAAAAACUGGAGAUUCUCUAUACCAUCACCCAGUCCACAAAAUUUCAUUCAUAGCACAGGAUAUGACAGACUCUCGUGCAUUUGGUUAUAUUUUUGGGUCUCCUGAUACAGGGCACCGAUUUUUUGGUAUAAAAACUGACAAAGCAGCCAGUCAGGUGGUCAUUGCAAUGAGAGAUCUAUUCCAAGUUGUGUUUGCUUUGAAGAAAAAAGAAAUUGAGCUGGCAAAACAGCACUUGGAAAAAACUUGCUACCCCUCAUCUCCCCUAUUCUCUGAUAUUUCCAGCUCAAAAUUGCAGAGCGUCCCAAAUGUGUCUAUCAAAUCAUUAUCAGAAGCUAAAGCGAGUGCUUCAAAUGAAUCGAAAAAUUCAGGAACAGCAGUGGCCGAUUUGGUAGAUCUAGAACUGGAACUGAAUAGUCUGCAACAGGGCCUCAAUCAAAUGGAAAGGAUAACUCCAUCGGAUCCGUUCGGCGCAAAAGAUGACCCAUUUGGGGACAGCUUUAUCAGUUACCCAGCUAAACCAAUUCUACCUCCUCCACCUUCAUCAGGAAGAGAGAGAUCUAGUCGCACGUCUGAAACCAGUUCCCUGUUCAGCCCUAAAACGCCCCACACUGGCGCCACUAUCAACACCGAGGACUCUGACAAGAAGAACGGCUUUUCUUUCUCACAAGAUUUCAACAGCUCCCAUGAAGUAAGUGAACCGAGUAGUGGAGAUUGGUUCACGCCAUCGGCAGGAAAUAGCAUUUUUGAGGAUACUUCCCCUGUACCAGAAUCUAUGAAAGAUGAAAAGCACGAACAGGCGAAAAAGGAAAUCAUGUCACAGUUUGACGUGUUUACUGAACUGGACCCUUUGGAACUCAAAAACCCGCCUAAAAAAGCCCUCAACGAAUUGGCAAAUAACCCCAACCAAGACCAACCUUUGUUCAACCCCAGUUUCAACCAGGCAAACUCUAAAGCACCGCCGGCCGGCACACAGGGUGUUUUCACUGACCCAUUCGGGGAAGACCCGUUCGUCAAAGAAGACCCGUUUCCCGAGUCCGAAUUCUCCAGACAGGACCCGUUCGAAACGGAGUUUUCCGCUUUUCCUGUCAACCAAAACGGGGUCGACGCGAGAAAAGACUCGCUGCAAUUGGCGCCCAACAACCGGUCCCUAUCCCCGAUGAGUCUAGGCACAGAAAAACACGCAUCGGCACUGAGUACUUCCCCUAAAACGGUGUUCACUACUAAACAGCCCACUUUCGAAGUGCACUUUGACAGGCUGUCGAAAGCACACGAGAACCCCAGCCUGGACGUGUCUUCCGAGAGCGAGUGUGCCCCGGAGCCCCCUCCUAGACCCACCACUGACAUCAUGUACAUCAAGCCGCCGCCGUUGCCGCCCAAAAAGCAAACCAGCGAUCUGGCCUCCAAACCGCCGCCCAGGCCGCCCUACCACUCGGAAGACUCCCCCUACGAUUUCAUCGAGCGGUACGAGACCGCCCCGAACAGCUUGGGGGCGGAAAAAAGCCCGCCCUUGCCGGUGCCCGCCCGCAAGGCCAAGUUUGAAGAUGGAGGGGCGGCGCCGGAGAGGCCGAAGAAGCACUUCAAUGUGUCCUCGAGCGAGGAGGACUAUUUGACUCCGAUAUCUUUUCCGGAGAAGGGGGCGGGCGUACUGUUGCCGCCGCCGCAAAAGAGUACAAAGAAACAAGCUCAGGUUACUGCCGAGUCUCAACAACACGUGGACAACUUGGAAGGUUUGGACAUCACCCUCAGUCAGCUAACCUUGAGCGGACUCAACGAGCUGGCCAACAAAUUGCACAUCCCCGCCAGUCAGCUAAGCAAUAUGACACUAGUUCAAUUAACAAACUUCCUAUCGAAUUUCAUAAAAUCCGGCAGCGCCCAACCCGAGAGCGACGUUGCCGUAUCGAACACUAUCACCUCGGAUUUCGCCACUUUCCAAGCCGACUUCGCGGCGAAUUUCAGCAAUUCCAAUAAUUCCGCUUCCACUGGCAACGAUGCCAGCUACGACCGAUAUGCCGUGUUCAGGGAGCUGAUGCACGAAGAGAUAAAACAGACAAAGAUCGACUCGGAACCGGAAGAGAUACUGGAGGAGAAGGAGAAGAUGGAGAAUUCGAUGAACAGCAACAUCGAUUUGGAACUCAAGCCCUUGAACGAGGAACCUUCCGAUAACACCGAUAGGUAUGCAGCUCUGCGAGAAAUCGUCGAAAUAGAACUGAAACAACUGGAAACCCAAGUCGACGAAAUAAACCAAAACCAAACUAGCGAAAUCGAAAACAUCGCCGAACUAGACGAAAAUGAGGAAGAAGAACCCAUCACGAAGGAACCAGACGCGAUCGGAAUCAUCAACGAGGAGAACAAGCUACACUCCCAGAUAAAAGACCAGGAAGUCGUCGCUCCAAUCCAGACGACUAUAAUCGAGUACAUAACACCUACGAUCGAAGAUAAGAACGGCAUAAUUGACAUCGAUAUUGUGCCGGUGAAGUCUCCUGUGAAGUCGACGAUGGUCAAAAGUCCCGUCCCUUGUGCAGUCACCGAGAUUAUCCAAAAUAAUACCAGGCUGACUUCGGGAUCGUUGUCAGAUGUUGUCAGCGGUAGUUCUCCCGAGGUUGACAAUACGGCGAGUAAUUCGGAUGUGGGGAAGAAAUCUGCUGACGUCACUGGAGAAUCGUGGGCCAUAUUUGACCAGGCCUCCGCGCCCAUCGAUCCGGCGACGGAGAAGCAGGCGGUCCAGAGCGAGGAGGGGGUGUCUCCGUGGUCGAGUGACUCCAAGGAGUUCGGGGAGGGAUCGCCGCCGGGCUGGCGCAGCAGGGAUUCCGGCAGCGGCAACGAGCGGUACCUGGAGAAGAGGAGGGACAAGGACGGGUGGUGGGAUACUUCCGCUGAGCCUGAAGUCCAUUAUUGCCCGUCCAACCGGCGCUCCACCGACAGCUACGAAGAGGAGCACCGCGAGCGGUACGAGCGGCCGCGCAGGCGCCGUCAGCCCGCGUACCCUGCAGCCGCGGCCGCCCCGACCGCUGGCGGCCACUCGUCGAGCUCGCGUGAUGUCAGCCCGUGGGAGGAGGAGCCGCGGCGGGCAAGGGAGGGGCGGGGGAAGGAGGGGCGGGCGUACGGGCGGGUGGGCGUGAGGGGGGCGUCCUUCGAACGCAGACGCCGGCGGGCGACGGACAGCUGGGACGAAGAGGACGAUUACGACUAUGACGACGAACACCGGUUCCAUUGGUCCGACCGACACAAGCCUCGGGACACCGACAGAGAGAGCAGGCACAGCACGGGCAGCAGGGAGCACGAGGGCGACAGGUGGGGCGACGAGUGGAUCGAGGACAGGCGGCAUCGCAGGAGGCGAGAGCCUAGGGAUGCCAGGGAGCUCAGGGAUCCCAGGGAAGCUAGGGACCCCAGAGAUCCGAGGGAUCGGUGGUGUUGUCCGGAUUGGGAUGAGAGUGAACAUGGAAAACCUCCGAGAUACGGCGCCGGCCGCCGCCCGACAACCGAGCCGACCCCGAGCAAGUGGCGCCAGACCGACGACCGGUACUACGGCAGAGAGUCGCCGUGGGAGGACGAGUACGCCGACGAGCCCGAGGAGGCGCCCCACUAUCCGAAGAAGGGCUGGAAGCAGCGGCCGAGCAGCGCCUCGGAGAUGGACAGGAAGACGGGGGACGUCAAGACCAGGCAUCACUUGGGGAUAGGUGGAAGCGAUGGGGAACGCGAAAGACGAUACAAAUCGGGUCGCAGAUCGCGCAGCAGAGACUCCCAGUACUCGGAGCCCUCGCACAGACACAAACCGGACCAGGGAGCACCCGCCCGAGCCGCCCACAGAACCAAACAGCACCAAGGCGACUUCCCGGAAUCCAUCUCGAAGAAGUCCCUCGAGGCCAAGCUCGAGACGAAGAAAGCCUCAACUUUAUCGCGGAAAAAGACCAAAGAUAGCCCUAAGAGCGAGGAACCCUUGACGGGAACCUUCCCCAGGAGCAGAGGAAUGCCAGCGACUGUGGUCGGUAAAUUCUUUGAUAAUGAUUUGGAGACUUCCGAGGCGGAGUCGCCCAUCAUUUCGCGGCCUAUUAAGAACGUGAGACAGCAGUCCAUGUUCGAGAAGAGCUCGCAUGCGGAGAAGGACUUCAAGGGACGCCAGAGAGGCGGAUCUUUACGGGAUUCAAAGUUGUCGCCCAGGUAUCAAGCGAAGUCGCACUUCGAGGACGACUUUUCGCCGGGCGACAAGUCCGAACAACCGCCGCAAGAGGGCGCUGGUAUAUCGAGCAUCGAGGAGGAAGUCGAUAGGGAGAACGAGGACGAAUUCGGGGCCAGUAAUUUCGAAAAUGCAGCGAACGGAAGAAGGAAGAUUCUUUCGAAGAACAGGCUGUCGCUGCGGACGGACGUUGGCUUGAAGAAGUCCGAUUCGGUUAAUAUUUUCGCUAGGGAGGAUGAUCCUUUUGAUGAUGAUUUUUUUUGCGGGGAGGAAAUGGGGCCAGAACGGAAAUCGCCCAGGAGUACGGAACUGAGAUGGACUGACGAUUUUGAAAAUUAAUAUUUAUAGGAGGAAGUAGGUAAUUUAUUAAUUUAUUGAUUUUUAUGCGUGAUCUAAGCGGCAGUUUGGAGAUAAUUUGUGAAUAAUAGUUUUUAGGACAGUGAGUGAUAACCGUGUUGAUAUUAUUUUAUAUUUUAGAUAUUGUUUCAGACUGCCUUUUAUUGUCUCAAAUUCUAAUGAUAUUGUUAUUAUGUUGUUAAGACAUUUUAGAUAUACUCAUUUUUAAUUUAAUAAUUUAUAUGUGUAAUUAUACAUUUCAAGUGUGACCAUAUUUUAAAAAUAUAUUGGAAAUUUCUUAAAGCAAAUUUCAUUUGCAGGAGAAAAU